ACGACACGGGGCGAGGCAAGGCAGCUGUGUUGUGACGUCUUCCUUGUGCGACGUUGCGUAGGCGCUCUGGAGCAAAAACAAAACGCAAAGAAUUUCCUUGGGGUGUGAGAUGUCGUCUGAAGCAGAUCGUCCUCCAUCAUCGGAAUCAUCAUGUGGACUAAAGCCAGUUAGGAGAUCUCCUCGUCUGUCCCCUCAGGGAGGCACGGUUCAAGGAGACGAACAGAGGAAGAAAGGCAGCAGGCUGCAGGAGGCGAAGAAGAAAGGGAGAAUGUUGAGGAGCCACAAGGAGCGAGACGAGGAGCUGCAGGUCCAACUGCAGAAGCUAGACCUGUCCAGAAGGUCUUCUGCCAGUGGGACAGGUUUGGUCUAUUCGGAGACCUUCACUCUUCAUCAGAACCUGUGGGACUCCAAUCAUGCAGAAAGUCCAGCCAGAGUGACGUCCAUCAUGGAGGAGCUGGAAAGACAGGAGCUCUUGUCUCGCUGCGUUCGAGUACAGCCCAGAGCAGCCACUGAUGAAGAGCUGCUUCUCGUGCACACAAAACACUACAUCGAUCUGAUUAAGUCCACUCAGAAAAUGUCCGAGACAGAACUGCGUCUUCUCUCUGACAAAUAUGAUUCCAUUUAUAUCCAUCCAGCAACCUUCCAAGUGUCCAUAUUGGCGGUGGGUUCUGUGCUCCAGCUGGUAGACCAGGUGCUGACGUCUGAGCUGAGGAACGGGUUUGCUGUCAUCAGGCCUCCAGGACAUCACGCUCAGUCAAAGGAGGCCAACGGUUUUUGUAUUUUCAACAACGUGGCCAUUGCAGCUCGUUACGCUCAGAACAAGCACCAAGUCAAAAGGGUGUUGAUCGUGGACUGGGAUGUUCAUCAUGGUCAAGGUGUCCAGUAUGUUUUCCAGGAAGACCCAAGUGUGUUAUACAUGAGUGUGCACAGGUUCGAGCACUGUGCGUUCUGGCCUCACCUGCCUGAGUCAGACAAUACUUUUGUGGGCUGCGCCCCCGCCGAAGGACAGAACAUCAACCUGGCCUGGACCACGGCAGGAAAAAGCGACGCGGACUACAUGUGUGCUUUCCAGCAAUUGCUGCUGCCUGUCGCCUAUGAGUUUCAGCCGGAGCUUGUUUUGGUCUCAGCUGGUUUUGACGCUGCACUGGGGGAUCCCAAGGGCCAGAUGUGCGUCAUUCCUGAGUGUUUCCAGACACUGACACACAUGCUGAUGUCUUUGGCAGAAGGUCGACUCAUUUUGGCUCUCGAGGGAGGUUAUAACCUGGAGUCAACAGCAGAGUGUUCUACUGCUUGUGUUCGAGCGCUCCUCGGGGAAGCCUGUGCCCCAAUGACUCCAUCCACUGCUCCUUCUGACUGUGCCUUGAAGUCCAUCUCUGAGACAGUCUCAGCUCUGUAUCCAUACUGGACCUCACUGCAAGUGCUGGAGGGUGAUGGGCUUGCUGAAGGACGUGUCCUAAGAGACACAACCAAUAAGGGGAGCCCACAGAUUCCCGCUGUGACUACAACAGGCCUGGUGUACGACGAGAGAAUGAUGGAGCAUCUCAACCUGUGGGACAGGUCGGCGGGUGGGCAUCAUCCUGAACAGCCACAAAGAAUCUUCAAAAUCUUCUCCAGGCAUCAGCAGCUCGGACUGGUGGAACGUUGCCACCGCAUCCCGGCUCGCUUCGCGACUGAGGAAGAGCUCGCCAUGUGUCACACCGUGGACCACAUCCAGCAGAUGAAGUCUACCAGUACGAUGAAGAGCAGAGAGCUGCACAAAUUGGGACAAGAGUUCAACUCCAUCUACAUCAACAGUCAGAGUUACCAGUCAGCCCUGCUGGCUGCUGGAAGCUGCUUCAAUGCUGUGGACCACAUCCUGACUGGACAGGUGAGAAGUGGCGUGGCCAUCGUGCGCCCCCCGGGUCAUCAUGCUGAGAGAGACUCUGCGUGCGGCUUUUGUUUCUUCAACACGGCGGCACUCGCCGCUCGCUAUGCGCAGAAGACCUCCCAGCAUGCACCUGUACGAGUUUUAAUCCUGGACUGGGAUGUUCACCACGGCAACGGCACACAGCACAUGUUUGAAGACGACAAUAGCGUCCUGUACAUCUCCCUCCAUCGCUAUGACAACGGGACCUUCUUCCCGUCUUCGGAGGACGCUUCCCCGGACCGGGUGGGCGUGGCUAAGGGGACGGGCUUUAACGUCAACGUGGCGUGGAGCGGCGGGCGGAUGGGAGAUGCCGACUAUCUUGCCGCCUUUCACCACGUCGUCAUGCCGAUUGCCACUGAGUUUAAUCCAAGUCUGGUGUUGGUGUCAGCGGGAUUUGAUGCGGCGCGGGGAGAUCCUCUGGGCGGAUACCGCGUGACCCCAGAGGGCUAUGCCCACCUCACCCACAUGCUGAUGUCAUUGGCUUGUGGACGGGUCUUACUCAUACUGGAGGGUGGUUACAACUUGACGUCCAUCUCCGACUCCAUGGCGAUGUGCACAAGUGUGUUGCUUGGCGACCCUCCUCCUUUCCUGGCGAUGCCCCUCCUCCCGCCUCACCACGCCGCAGUGGCAGCCAUCAAUGAGGUCAUCCGCUUCCACGCCCCUUACUGGAAGUCGCUGAGGAUAAAAAUCCCAGAGGCCGUGCGAGCAGCCGUAAAUUCCCCAGGCGCUCAACGGAGAGGCAGUGGCAAAGGGAAAGGCAGGAGGUCAAGACAGAGUGGUCCAGACAAACCGACACUGCCCACUAUGGGAAUGGAGCACACAGCAGCGGACCACAGUUUGGAUCAGCUCACUCGGGGAUUGGCCAGUUUGGACAUCAGUCAAAGCACACACUGCCCCGAAGUGGAAGCGGCGUCAGGUGAAGUGACAUCAGAGAAGAGCCAAUCGAGGGCAAGGUCAAAUGAAGUUACACCUGAGCAGACCCAAUCACCAGAGAGCUCGCAGCCUCCAGUGCUGCGGGUCGUGGUCCUGGUUGUGGUCGCAGCGGAAUCACGAAGCACAUGUCGGCGACAAGAGUUAAUCCACUAGCACAUCUUGCAUUAAUUAGGAAAAAUUCAAGAUCAACGAAUCCAUGGUAAGUGGAGGAAGCAGGAAAACGACCUUCGCCAAGUCAAGAAGACGAAGCUGAGUUUCCGCGGAAACAAGGCAAGGUGGCCCGAUUUGGAAGACCAACUCGAGCAAUGGAUUAAUGAUCAAAGAACAGCCGGGAGAAGCGUCUCUACAGUCACCUUUCGACUGAGGACAAUAACUCGGAGCUUGCCAUCAUUCCAGGAGGCUUGACUAGGGAACUCCAACCGCCGUUGUUGUCCGACAACAGACAGUCAAUUGACAGAGAAUACUUUUGAGACAUAAAAACAUAAAAACACAGUCACUGAGAAAUAAAAGGUUACCAGUAAUGUGGUAAUGCCGAUACUUUUUUUUUUUUUUUGACAAUUGUGCAAAUGAGUCCUCUCGCAAUUUAGAGCAGUUUGAAAAUAACUUAUAGAACAGUAGUCUGGUACCGUGACCAUUGUGCAAAUGGCGCAGAGACUUCUCAAGCACAGGAGUGGCCAGUAUUGGUCAACAACAGAUAUGCAAGUAGUGCAGAGUGGCGAGACUACGACAGUGAGUGCACGAAUAAUGUAUAAUUGGCCCGACAGAGAUGUGACAAAAGUCUCAAGACACAGUUGGCAGCAUGUUACAGUGGAAUUGUAAAUUAACUGUUUAAGAAGUUAAUGGAAAGACGGAAGAAGCUGUUGGAAUGUCUGCUGGUUUUAGUUUGCAUUGUUCGAUAGCGCCUUCCUGAAGGAAGGAGCUGGAAGAGGUAGUGACCAGCAUGUGGAGGGUCCAAGAGGAUUUUGCAUGGUUUUGUCUUAGUUCUGGCAGUGUGCAAAUCCUCAAGGGUAGGUAGUGGGGUACUGACAUUUUUUUCAGCGGUUUUGAUUGUCCGUUGCAGUCAGAGUUUGUCCUUUUUUGUGCCAGCACCAAACCAGACUGUGCUGGAUGAACACAGGACUGAUUCAAUGACUGCUGUGUAGAAAUGCCUCAACAGCUUCUAUGGCAGGCCGUGCUUCCUCAGAAGCCGCAGGAAGUACAUCUCUGCUGGGCCUUUUUGAGGAUGGAGCUGAUGUUGGUCUCCCACUUCAGGUCCUAAGAGAGUGUAGUUCCCUGGAACUUGAAGGUCUCGGCGGUUGACACAGGGCAGUUGAAUGGCGUGAGGGGCAGCUGUGGUGAAGGAUCCCUCCUGAAGUCCACGAUCAUCUCUACAGUCUUGAGCAUGUUAUUCAUUCAGAAAAAAAAAAACUAUUCAAAACUACCUUGCCCUGUGUGAAAUUGUAUUUGGCUCCUUUAUUAAAUAUAUGAAUCAACUGUGGCUCAUCACAUCUUUUGGAAAGCUGAGUUAAUUUUGACUGACCACACACAAGCCUGAUUACCUCCAGGCCUGUUCAAUCAAGAAAUCACUUAACCUGUUGGUCAAAAUUAAAUUGGUCAAAAGAUCUCAAAAAGCUGCAACAAAAUGCCACGGUCCAAAGAAAUUCAAUGUAUGUUAAUUCUAUGAGUCGUAGGACUCCUGGGAACCACGGUAAGAGACCAUUCACAAAUGGAAAAAACAUGGAACAUUGGUGAACCUUCCAAGCAGUCGCCAGUCUACAAACAUUACCCCAAGAGUAAAGCAACAACUCAUCCAGGAAGGUCACAAAGGAACCCAGGAAAACAUCAAAAGAACUGCAGGCCUCCCUUUCCUCAGUUAAGGUCAGUGUUCAGUGACUCAACAAUAAGGCAGAGACUGGGCGAAAAUGUUAUGCAUGGCAGAGUUCCAAAAUGAAAACCACUGCUGACCAAAAAGAACAAACGGUUGUCUCAUUUUAGGAAAGAAAAAAAAUCAUCUGAAUUAUUAUAAGAAUUUUGGGAGAAUAUUCUAGUUAAAAAUUGAAGGUGUUUUGUUACAUCUGGCGUAACUGUAACACCGCAUUUCAGAAAAAGAUGAUCAUACUAACAGUCAAAUGUGGUGUUUGUUUGAUGGUCUGGGGGUGCUUUGCUCCUUCAGGACCUGGACAAUUUGCUGUGAUUGAUGGAACUAUGAAUUCUGCUCUUUACCAGAAAAUCUUGUAGGACAAUUUUCAGCCAUCAGUUCAUGACCUCAGGAUAAAGCGCACAUGGGUUCUGCAGCAGGACAAUUACCCAAAACACACCAGCAAGUCAACUUCUGAAUUGUUUUAAAAAGACAAUUGUGGCCUAAUCAAAGGAAUCCAAUUGAAAUGCUGUGGCAUGACAUUAAAAAGGCCGUUCAUGCUCCAAAACCCUCCAGUGUUGCUGAAUUCAAACAAUUAUGCAAGCAAAAGUGCGCCAAAAUAUCUCCACAGAGAUGUGAAAGACUCACUGCCAGUUAUAGAGAGUGCUUGAUUUCAGUUGUUACUGCUAAGGGUGGCCCAUCUGCUUUAGGUUUAGGGGCAAUUACUUUUUCACUCAGGGCCAGGUAGCUUUGAAUAGUUUUGUUUGUUUCAUAAAUACGCUGUAAAUAAAAAUUGCAUUAAUGCUUACUUGGGUUAGUGUUGUCUGAAUUAACAUUUGUUUAAUUAGCUUAAACAUUAACAUGGGAAAACUGCAACAACAAAAAACAAAAAAGACUUAGAGAAGGGGACAAAUGUAUUUUCACCUCAACUUGAUGGAGUUGAUGUGGCCCUUCCUUUCUUACUGCCGAAGUUGUAUCUCGUUAUCACGCUCAGGUUGUCAUUGUCGCUGCACAAGCAGUCGUUGAUCUCGGAGAUGAGCCGGAGCCGGCAGGAGCGUGUGGUUGGUCCAAGCCUGAAGAAACACUGG